AGAGAGCAAUCCUGUUCAGUAGAGAGAGAGAGUGAGAGAGAGAGAGAGUGAGAGAGAGAGGGAGAGAGAGUGGAGCGCAUAACCACGUUGCCCGUCCUCUUAUUUCCCGCUGCAGCUGCGAGAGGCAGAGUGGGCAGAGGAGAGGAGAGAGCACAUCUGAGUCUUGUGGAAACAGCCGGACCCACGUACCACUUGGCUGAGAGAUCGAUGUACUUACGCCACACCACACAGGAAGAGUGAGCGGCCCGUAGGACAUCUGUGCACUGCCAGAGAGAGAAAGAGAGAGCGUGUGAGAGAGAGAGAGAGAGGGGGAGAGAGAGAGAGAGAGGAAACAAGGGGAGGAAGAUAACCCAAGGCCAAUCUGAAAGCUUUCAGCUGAUUACUCAGAGCAGGUACAGACCAGGAGAUCAGCAAAAGAAUCUACUACGUGCUCUCAAGGUGCAACGCUGGAGAGAGACUGACAGCAAGAGAAGAAAGUACAUACACCAAAGGCCCUCUUCUCAGUCUUCCACCGGCGUGACUGGACAGGAACAGUGAGGUUUGUUCCCAGCAUGCCACUGGCACAACAGCAUCACCAAACCACCAUGCCUGCAGCAGCCUGGAUUCUGGCUUUGGCUCUGUUUCUCGCUCUACAGAGUGCCACUAGCGCUGCUCCAUCAGGAGACAGCCAGCUCGUGCGUACCACCCGAGUGAGGAGGCAGGCCCUGAGGGAGGAUGGGUCCACCUCCGCUAACCUCGCUAACCAGACCCUGAGGGAGCAACCCAUGGUCUUUAACCACGUCUACAACAUCAAUGUACCUUUGGAGUCUCUGUGCUCUGUUGACCUGGACGCCUCUGCACCAGCAGCCCCAGAUUCUCGUGCUGAGCUGGGCUCCCGACCGGCCAUGGAGGGCCCAGCAGGACCAGCCGGGCCAACAGAAUACACUGAGCAGACCGUGGACGCUGACAGCCAGGUAACCUUCACACACCGCAUUAACAUCCCAAAAGCGGCUUGUGGCUGCCCGACAGUAACCACAAUCCAGCAGCUCGUCACCAGGGUGGAGAUGCUGGAGAGAGAGGUGUCUCUGCUCCGAGCUCAGUGUGGCUCUGGAUGCUGUGGAGAGAGCUCAGCCAUGGGCCGUUUAGACUUUGUCCCAGGCUGCAGUGGCCAUGGCAGCUUCAGCUUUGACCUCUGUGGCUGCAUCUGUGAGGAUGGCUGGACCGGUAAGAACUGCUCCGAACCACGCUGCCCGGACGACUGCUCCGGCCAGGGGGUUUGCGUGGAGGGAGAGUGCGUGUGUGACCGUGACUUUGGAGGCGACAACUGUUCGGAGCCACGCUGCCCAUCGGACUGCUCGGGCCGCGGGUUGUGCAUCGAUGGCGAGUGUGUGUGCGAAGAGUCCUUUACUGGUGAGGACUGUAUGGUCGGCAGAUGUCUGAACGACUGCUCAGACCAGGGGCUGUGCAUUAAUGGGACGUGCCAGUGCCGGCCCGGGUACGUGGGUGAGGACUGCUCGCUGGUCUACUGUGCCAACAACUGCAGCAAGAAGGGAGUCUGCAAGGAGGGAUUCUGUGUCUGCCAGGAGGGCUUUGCUGGGGAUGACUGCAAUUCUGUGGCACCUGCCAUGAAUCUGAAGGUACGUGGGGUGACGGAGCGAACCAUUGACCUGGAGUGGGAGGGGUCCGUCGUACUGACAGAUUUCCUAGUGACCUACACUCCUAGCACACCAGGCGGUGUGCAACUAGAGAUAAGGAUCCCGGGGAACAUCACCACCUGGACCAUCUCAGGCCUGGAGGCGGGCAUGGAGUACAACAUCAAUGUGUUCGCCGUCAUCAACAACACCAUCAGUGUCCCUGCCAGCAUCACCGUUUCCACCUAUCUCUCCAAUCCUGAUGGUUUAGUCUUCAAAUCCAUCACAGAGAGUACAGUGGAGGUCCAGUGGCAACCAUUCUACUAUUCCUUCGAUGGAUGGGAGAUCAGCUUCAUCCCCAAGGACAAUGAUGGAGGGAUGACGGCACAGCUGCCAAGCACCAUCACUUCUUUCCUGCAAACUGGUCUGAGGCCAGGGGAGGAGUACACGGUCAACCUGGUGGCUCUUAGAGACCAGGGUCGAAGCCAGCCAGUCACCGCCACUGUCACAACAUUGAUUGAUGGUCCCACUCAGCUGAUUGUUCGCGAUGUGUCCGACACGGUGGCAUUUGUGGAGUGGACCCCGCCAAAGGCUAAGAUUGACCAGAUAGUGCUGCGUUAUGGCCUGGUGGGAGGAGAGGGGCCGCGCACCACCUUCCGCCUGCAGCCCACACUCAGCCAGUACUCCCUGCAGGUUCUUCGGCCCGGCUCGCGCUAUGAAGUAUCCGUAAGUGGCGUUAGGAAAGGAAAUGAGAGCGGAUCCAUUUCCACUGAAUUUACUACCGUUUUAUCGUUCUUCUCAGAGAUCGAUGCCCCCAAGAACUUGCGGCUGGUGUCCAAGACCUCCACGACACUCGAGCUUGAGUGGGACAACAGUGAGGCUGAGGUGGAGGGCUACCAGGUCGUGUAUAGCACUUUAGCAGGAGACCAGUAUGACAAAGUCAUUGUACCACGCAAUGAGGGAGCCACCACAAAGACCACUCUCACAGACCUGCUGCCAGGCACAGAGUACGGCAUUGGCAUCUCUGCCCUGAAAGGCACCAACCAGAGUACACCAGCAACGAUGAACGCCAGAACCGGUCUGGAUGUGCCCUUGGAUCUGACUGUGACGGCCUCCACAGACAACACCAUCACUCUGGCGUGGGGUGAGGUCCAGGGCCCCAUUGACCACUACAAAAUCACCUACACAUCCUCCUCUGGCGUCACCACUGAGCUGACAGUGCCUAAGGAUGUAACCACCACCACUCUGACGGACCUUGAACCUGGGACGGAGUACACCAUUACGGUUGCAGCGCGGAGAGGAAGACAGCAGAGCACUGCAGCUACCAUAGACGCCUUCACAGGGAUCAGGCCUGUAACGCACCUCUACUUGUCAGAGAUGACUUCAGACUCAGUGGUAGUGGCAUGGAGUGCCCCAGCACCACCUGCCGACCUCUUUAUCCUGAGCUACAGCUCUGCAGAUGGAACUGACACUUCUAAGGUGACGUUGGACGGCUCGAAGAUGAGGUCACUGGUCCAGGGCCUUCUGCCGUCCACUCAGUACACCAUCAGUCUAAUCACAAUACAGGGCGAUGUCACCUCUGAGCCUGUUACUGCCUCACUCACUACAGGCAUGGACCCACCAAAAGAGAUGGCGGUCUCCUAUGUGACAGAGGACUCUGUGACCAUCUCCUGGAUCAAACCACUUGCUCCAUUUGACUACUACAAAAUGUCCUACCAGUCCGCCAGAGGGCGAGUGGACAGCGUGGUGAUUGACAGCGAUGUGACCAACUACACCUUGUCCAGUCUGUUUCCUGCUACUGAAUACGAGAUCAGUCUCAACGCUGUCAGGGGCAGCCAGGAGAGCAAAGUGGUCAGCACUUCCGUCUUCACAGCAAUGGACAUGCCAUCAGAGUUGACAGCUCUCAACAUCACCCCACAAGGAGCUCUGCUGCGGUGGAAUCCUCCUCUUUCCAGUGUCGACAACUAUGUGCUCACCCUCACACACAACCAGGUGACAGCUGACACUUUCCUGGUGGAUGGCAGCAAGCAGGAGCACCAGUUGUCCAACCUGAAGCCGAGCACCUCCUACUCUGUCGCCCUCUAUGCCACCAAAGGACCCCUCACUAGUGGCACCGUCAUUGCCAACCUCCAGACACCUAUGGACGCUCCCCUGAACCUGACAGCCAGCGAGGUGAACCACCGCAGCGCGCUCAUCUCCUGGCAGCCGCCAAUCGCAGACAUUGACAACUACAUGCUCACUUACAAGUCCGCCGAUGGCAGCCGGAAAGAGCUGAUCCUAGAUGCAGAAGACACAUGGAUCCGUCUGGAGGGACUGGCAGAGACCACAGAGUAUACUGUGAGGCUCCAGGCUGCAAGAGGACUAGAUACCAGUGCCAUCGUAUCAACUACCUUCACCACAGGGAGUCGUCUGUUUGCGACACCUCAGAACUGCGCCCAGCACCUGCUGAAUGGAGAGACGCUGAGCGGCGUCUACACCAUUUACAUCAACAGAGACCCCAGCCAGGGCGUGCAGGUCUACUGUGACAUGACGACAGAUGAGGGAGGAUGGAUUGUGUUCCAGCGUCGACAGAAUGGCCUGACAGACUUCUCCAGGAAGUGGAGUGACUACCGGGUCGGCUUUGGAAACCUGGAGGAUGAGUUCUGGCUUGGGCUAGACAACAUCCAGAAGAUUGCUGCUCAGGGCCGUUAUGAGCUGAGGAUUGACAUGAGGGACGGGCAGGAGUCAGUCUAUGCCAACUACGAUAAGUUCUCUAUUGGAGAUGCUCGAAACCUCUACAAGCUCAGGAUAGGAGAGUACAAUGGCACCGCUGGUGAUUCUCUGAGCUACCAUCAAGGCCGGCCCUUCUCCACGAAAGACAGAGACAAUGACAUCGCUGUCACUAACUGUGCCUUGUCUUACAAAGGGGCCUGGUGGUACAAGAACUGCCACCGGGCCAACCUCAACGGCAAAUACGGCGAGUCCAGACACAGUCAGGGUAUUAACUGGUACCACUGGAAAGGCCAUGAGUUCUCCAUUCCCUUUGUGGAGAUGAAGAUGAGGCCAUUCAACUACCGCAGCAUCAGCAGCAAGCGGAGGAGGUCUGCCCCUGCAUAAACACAAUCCCUCCAUCCAACCAAGGGUCAUGGAUAAAUGGAGUUCGGACAAAGUUUAACACUCAGUUUCUGCUCUGUGUGUGUCGGUGACUCACUUAUAAGCUUAUUGGAAAGUAAUUGUGCUUUGGAAUGACUGGCUCUGCCAAGGCUCCGUAUUAAAGAGGGGAUUAUUACAAAAAGCUACUGAUAUCGCAUUAAUAUUCUGAUAUAUAAUAUACGACACAUAGCACAUUAUUAUUAAAAUGCUACAAAUGUUCAGAAUCUGUUGGAUCUGUGGAUGUGACCAAAAACAAAAAGCACCAAAAUGGCAGCCAGGGUGAAACCAUGGCCGAACUCCGUCUGUCUAUGCCUCGUCUCCUGCCCAGCUUUAGCUGUCUUUCCCUGCUGUACUUCUAGCCAGACGAUAGAAGACACUGUAUGUAAUUUAUUAAAUAAUUUGAAUGACAAUGGUUCUAUUUGCUGUAAAAGGAAAGGCAAACCAAGAAGCUUUUCUCGCAGUCUGUGAUUUUCCUUUCUCUGGGAUGUGAGGAAAUGUGCUCAGAAAUGCCCUCCUGAGUAUAAGUGCUAGCGUUAUUUUAACCAUUCAAAAUAAUAACACUUUUAACAGAAAUAUACUGUAUAUGCCCUUAAAACUCUUAACUGUAAGAUAUCUCUAUUUUUAUAACUGAUAUUGUGACAAAAGUCCAUCUAUUUCAUAAUAUGAUUUGAUGCCUUGAUUUUUGAGACCUAUAUUAAGUAAAUGUAAUCAUAAAGCAGAUCAUGACGAGUACCAGACUCACAACAGACACACAGGAGAUAUAAACCACUGCUGUCAAACCAGUGAACACUUUGCUUUUGCAAUCGCCAACCAAUGCACCAGCAUUAGAUUCUGUGUCAUCUAUUUCUUUUAUUUAUGUUUCUUUCAGUGUUACUACUGAUUAUUAUGUACUUGAGUUAAUUAUGAAAGCAGUAAAUAAUCAACACUAAUCAUUUUAUUGUGACGGUGAGACAGUAUUUGCACUACGAGUGGGAACACAGCAAAACUACUGUUGUUCAUUCAAUAUGUACCCCCUCCCUUGUUCACUUUGUAAUGUACAUGGGCAGUAUGUAUGAUUUCCUGCUCUUUAUUGUCAAAAAAAAUGCAACACCCCGAUGUAAACUGGUUUCCCUCCCUUUUUUGUUGAUGUGAUUGCUUGCAGAGAUGGUGCUGAUUGAUGCAACAUGCACAGUAAAGACGAUAGCCUAACUUUUUGGGAAGAUGCCGACCAUUUUUUUUUUUUUUUGUCUCCACUGAAGAAGCUUUUCCCUGUAUCCUAAAUAGACUCCCUCUUUUCAUUGACUUUCAUGGUGAUCUUGUCCCCAGGCAUUCUUUAUGUGAACAUUGAAAGCUAUGCCAGAGAAAGUCAUGGAUGGAUAUCGUGCAAAUUUUAGCCUCGCCUUUCCCUCACUAACAAAGCCGGCAGAACAGUGCAUGGAGCAAAGCCAUGUCUUUCUGGUGUGGCCUUCUUUUAUUUGCUUCAUUAUUUAAGCUCCCCAGUGGAAGAACAAAGUCGGCACAAAUGACAAAGAAUGGAUUUUUUUUUUUUUUUUUUUUUUUUUUUUUUUCCCUGAGUGGGCUGGGCGUAAUCUGCACCAUGUCCACCAGGCAUUUCUUUUACACAGUGCUCAAAAUGUAGCACACGACAUUCACAUAGGAGACGAGCAUCAUGGCAGUGCCAGUUAGUUGGCUUGCACUUUGCUUUUCAUGGAUUCAUGGAUUCUUGCUUUCCUUUCUCACCUCCUUUGUGGGAGGAAAAUUACAUUUUUACAGUCUGAAGACAAACCACGCACAACAAACUCAAUCUUCCGCUCUGGUCUCACGGUGUACUCACAAAGGUUGCUACGAUCUUUUGAACUUAGUGUCACCAUCGCUGCAAGCAGCAUUUGGCCUGCUGUAUUUAAUAAUCCAAAUACCAGUUAAAUCCUAAUGAUUUUUCCCCUGUGGAAGCACUGGAAAUCUCAUUCCUUGUUGCAUUUCUGUCCGUUUCUUCACUUUUGCCUUCUCAGUGAACUGAAAAGGCAAAGCAGGCUUGUAUCAUAUGACUGUGUAUAUUGUUUUUUUUUUUGUUUGUUUGUUUUGUUUUUUUUUGUUCUUGUUUCCUGUCCUCUAGACUUGAAAACAAUGGUGACUAUCCCUUCUAUAAACUACUACUAAUAUACUCAUGUAGGGAUAGGGUUGAAGAUUAUGUGUCUUUUGAUGUGUUCCCCCUUUAGAUGCAAACUAAAUCAGAAAGCCCUCUGCAACAUUUCCACGUUAACCCUUGUAUUGUUUAACCAUUGUUUCGUAGUGAUGUCUUAAAAGGAGGAAUGGAGCCUACUGCAUGCUAACUAAAUUGCAAUCAAAAGCUUCAUGCUGAAUAACAAAGGUCAUGAGAAUGUGUUUUACUUAAAUGAUAGUGCUGAGUUUCUUUGCUGACCUGGGUAAAGGUUGCCCUUGAAAUAGUUUUUUUUUAAGGUAUUCAUGAAAAAGCUGUGCACUUGACUUUGAUUAUGAUGCACAUAAGCUGUCAUGUAGAUGGGAAAAUGACAUUCAAGGCAAAAUAAGUCCAACAUGCCUGACAUUUGAACUAAUGAACCCAGCUGUUUCAACACGUGACCUUUUCCCAGGUCGCAUUUAUCUCCAGCUGAGCUCCACAAAGUCAGCGUGACUGUUUCAGAGCUUCUCAUCCGAUCCCAUCUCCCAGUGAUUUACGCUAGAGUAGGCUUUACUGUAUGUACUUAUUUCAUUAACUAUGUAGAUGAAGUUCGCCUCAGUGCAAGGAACAAAGGUCCUGAAGCUUUGCAGAAAAGGAACAGAAUGUAACUUAUGGCGUGAGAGAUUUGUCAUAUGGCAAACCACGAGGUGCUCUUUAAAGAUUUUUUCAAGAGAAGACGAACAAAGUUAACUCAUAUAACUUCCAAGAUCCUUUUUUUAAAGAAGAUUAUUUUGCAGUUAUCUUGGAUCAGUUUCGGUCUGUUGUCCAUCACUUACGAUGCCGCAGCCAUACUGUCCUGAAGGAAAUAUGGUAAAUUAAAUUGCCCUGGCAGUUAUUCUACCGUAGAAUAGCCUGUAUCUUUAUUGUUAUUUAUUUAUUUAUUUAGUUUCUUCUACAUCCGCUACAGCUAUUGCUCAAGAGAAACCAGACAUUUACAUCUACUGCUGUAAACAAAAACUCAAAAGUCUGUUUGGACACUUGAGGAACACCUCAACAAUGUCAACAAUUAUUUAAGAAAUGCAGCAAGAAUAAUCAUAGCCAAAAGCUUGGUUUGCAUCUAUCUGAAACAGGAUGUCAUCUUCUUUAGCCUGGACAUACAUGAAAUAUUUAGCCUUACCUUUUUUCUUUUUAAUUGUAAUUUUCCUCAGUUCUUGUUUCUUACAUCAAGCAGACAAGGAAGCGAAUGGUUCCAUUUCUUGAUUCUAUGAAUAAUGUAACGAGGUUCCCUAAAACAUCUACGAGAAUCUUUUUUCCUCAUUACAGUCUGAUUGAACGAGUUAACUGGCGUUGCAUUAAAUUCCACAGUUUUCUGGAAACACAGAGGAGAUUAUGGUAUUAAAUAGGCAAUAUUUGAAAUUAAUUUUCAAUCACGUCAAGGGUAUUAUCCUUUUUUUUUCUUUGCUAUGUGGGGUUUUAACAGAGCGCCUCAGUGUUCCAUCUCCUCCAUUACUGAAGUCUCAAUCAUUUAAAUACACUGGAAUAAAAUGUUGAUGCACACGCUGUAUCAAUAUUUAAAGACCUAAAUAUUUUACCAGCAUUUUCUUCCCACUGAGUUUAUAGUAUAUGAAGUAUAUGAAGCUUGUUUCCCUUAUUUAUUUCAGGGCUAUUUAUUUUAAAAAUGUAGGAUGAUACUUUUUGAGUGAUGCAUCAUUGUAAAAAGAUACAAUUACUAAUAACACAAGGUGUUCUGUGUUUAAAAAAAGAAAAAUCUUUUUCUUCAUGGGUUGACUUCUAUAAGUUUAAUUCCCUAAUGAACCAUCACCUUUGGUUAUGGCAUUUCUUAUUAUAAGCCAGAUAACUGCAUUGAUUUAAAAUCUUGCCAUGAAAAUGUAAAUGUUGAUGUGUGUGAUCUUGACUGUUGAAAAGCUCAUAUAUGCUGAAACUAAGGAUUUAUUGUUGGAUAUUCUUGGAUAUUACUGUCAAAUUUAGCUCUAGUUUGACUUAAACAUGUACUAUAUAGUUCCUUUUUUAAUACAUUUUCUACAUAUUAAUAAAAUAUUCAAAUGGUC